GAAAUUGCCAUUGCAGGAUGGCACGCCGCUAUAAAUUCAUUGUCCCACCUCCUCGCAUCUUCACAGCGCCUGAGCCGCUCUCCGCGCCCGUAGCAGCCGACUGGGGAUGAUCCCGGGCGGGAGGACGCGGCAACGGAAGGGACCGGGACGCGCCGCCUCGCUGGCUCUCCGCAGGCCGCCUCCUAGCUUUUGAUUUUAAACAUUUUUAGGUGUUUCCUUUGCUUGCUUUCUUUCCUUUUCUUUUCUCCCGUCUCAUUUCUCCCUGCCUUCGGGUUCCAGCGGAGCCGAGGAAGCCCUGAGAAUAAGAAAGGAAGUGGGUCGGAGCUUGGAAGCUUUGCAGCCCGCCAGCCCCGGGCUUCGAGGGGGCGGGAGCGGACGCGCACCAGUUGCGGGCCAGCGCGGUCGCCCUUCUUACUCUCUUAGCUCGUUUGUUUUGAUCUGUUUGUGCAAAGAUCUUGUCUGCGUUGGGCCUCUCUCCUUUUUUGUAUUUGGUUGCUCUCCACCUCUUGGCUUUUACUCCCACCAACACCACCCUUUAUUUAAUUUUUUUUCUUUUAUUUUAUUUAAAAUUUUUCUUCCUCCGUCUCUUGGACCUCCAUUCCAAACAUUUUCCAAACCAACAAAGAAAAAGUUCUCACAGUGGCACCGGUGCCAGGCCAGGCUGGCUCUCUGCUGCGGAUUCCCCCUACCCUUUCCUGGACACUUGACUCAACCUUGCACGCCAGUGUGUAGAGUGUGCGGCUGUGGGUGGGUGGGUGGGAGGGCGAGCCCCCCACCCCCGCCCCUGAAACUUCUAUAGCAAAUAGCAAGCAUCCAGCUAGACUCAGUCGCGCAGCCCCUCCCGGCGGGCAGCGCACUAUGCGGCUCGAGUGGGCGCCCUUGUUGCUGCUACUGCUGCUGCUGAGCGCGUCCUGCCUGUCCCUGGCCGCUGACAGCCCCGCCGCGGCACCUGCCCAGGAUAAAACCAGGCAGCCUCAGGCUGCAGCAGCGGCCGCCGAGCCGGACCAGCCGCAGGGGGAGGAAACACGGGAGCGAGGCCAUUUACAACCCUUGGCCGGGCAGCGCAGGAGCGGCGGGCUGGUCCAGAAUAUAGACCAACUCUACUCUGGCGGUGGCAAAGUGGGCUACCUUGUCUACGCGGGCGGCCGGAGGUUCCUGCUGGACCUGGAGAGAGAUGACACAGUGGGUGCUGCUGGUAGCAUCGUUACUGCAGGAGGAGGGCUGAGCGCAUCCUCUGGCCACCGGGGUCACUGUUUCUACAGAGGCACCGUGGACGGCAGCCCUCGAUCCCUAGCUGUCUUUGACCUCUGCGGGGGUCUCGAUGGCUUCUUUGCAGUCAAGCAUGCGCGCUACACUCUAAAGCCACUCCUGCGUGGGUCCUGGGCAGAGUAUGAACGAAUUUAUGGGGAUGGAUCUUCCCGCAUCCUGCAUGUCUACAACCGCGAGGGCUUUAGCUUCGAGGCCCUGCCGCCACGCGCCAGUUGCGAGACUCCUGCAUCCCCAUCUGGGCCCCAAGAGAGCCCCUCGGUGCACAGUAGAUCUAGGAGACGCUCAGCGCUGGCCCCGCAGCUGCUGGACCACUCAGCUUUCUCGCCAUCUGGGAACGCGGGACCUCAGACUUGGUGGAGGCGUAGGCGCCGUUCCAUCUCCAGGGCCCGCCAGGUGGAGCUCCUCUUGGUGGCUGACUCGUCCAUGGCCAGGAUGUAUGGGCGGGGCCUGCAGCAUUACCUGCUGACCCUGGCCUCCAUCGCCAACAGGCUGUACAGUCAUGCAAGCAUUGAGAACCACAUCCGCCUGGCGGUGGUGAAGGUGGUGGUGCUGACGGACAAGGACACGAGUCUGGAGGUGAGCAAGAAUGCGGCCACGACCCUCAAGAACUUUUGCAAAUGGCAGCACCAACAUAACCAGCUAGGGGAUGAUCACGAAGAGCACUACGAUGCAGCCAUCCUGUUCACCCGAGAGGAUUUAUGUGGGCAUCAUUCAUGUGACACCCUGGGAAUGGCAGACGUUGGGACCAUAUGUUCUCCGGAGCGCAGCUGUGCAGUGAUUGAAGAUGAUGGCCUCCAUGCAGCCUUCACUGUGGCUCAUGAAAUUGGGCAUCUACUUGGCCUUUCUCAUGACGAUUCCAAAUUCUGUGAAGAGAACUUCGGUACUACAGAAGACAAGCGUUUAAUGUCUUCAAUCCUUACCAGCAUCGAUGCAUCCAAGCCCUGGUCCAAAUGCACGUCAGCCACCAUCACAGAAUUCCUGGAUGAUGGUCAUGGUAAUUGUUUGCUAGACCUACCACGGAAGCAGAUUUUGGGUCCCGAGGAACUCCCAGGACAGACCUACGAUGCCACCCAGCAGUGCAACUUGACAUUUGGGCCUGAGUACUCGGUGUGCCCUGGCAUGGAUGUCUGUGCGCGGCUGUGGUGUGCUGUGGUGCGCCAAGGCCAAAUGGUGUGUCUGACCAAGAAGCUGCCGGCUGUGGAGGGCACUCCCUGUGGGAAGGGAAGAGUCUGCCUUCAAGGCAAAUGUGUGGACAAAACUAAGAAAAAAUAUUACUCGACAUCAAGCCAUGGAAAUUGGGGGUCCUGGGGCCCCUGGGGUCAGUGUUCUCGCUCAUGCGGGGGAGGAGUGCAGUUUGCCUACCGCCAUUGUAAUAACCCUGCACCUCGAAACAGUGGCCGCUACUGCACAGGGAAGAGGGCCAUAUACCGUUCCUGCAGUGUUACACCCUGCCCACCCAAUGGUAAAUCUUUUCGCCAUGAGCAGUGUGAAGCCAAAAAUGGCUAUCAGUCUGAUGCAAAAGGAGUCAAAACAUUUGUAGAAUGGGUUCCCAAAUAUGCAGGUGUCCUGCCGGCAGAUGUGUGCAAGCUUACCUGCAGAGCUAAGGGCACAGGCUACUAUGUGGUCUUUUCUCCAAAGGUUACGGAUGGGACUGAAUGCAGGCCGUACAGCAACUCUGUGUGUGUCCGAGGACGGUGUGUGAGAACUGGAUGUGACGGCAUUAUUGGCUCAAAGCUACAAUAUGACAAGUGUGGAGUGUGCGGAGGGGAUAACUCCAGUUGUACAAAGAUUAUCGGAACCUUCAAUAAAAAAAGCAAGGGUUAUACUGACGUUGUGAGGAUCCCUGAAGGAGCAACCCACAUAAAAGUCCGACAGUUCAAAGCCAAAGACCAGACUAGAUUCACUGCCUACUUAGCCCUGAAGAAGAAAACUGGCGAGUACCUUAUCAAUGGCAAGUACAUGAUUUCCACUUCAGAGACCAUCAUCGACAUCAAUGGUACCGUCAUGAACUACAGUGGAUGGAGCCACAGAGAUGAUUUUUUACAUGGGAUGGGCUAUUCAGCCACAAAAGAAAUCCUGAUCGUGCAGAUCCUUGCCACAGACCCAACUAAAGCGCUAGACGUCCGUUACAGCUUUUUUGUUCCCAAGAAGACCACUCAAAAAGUAAACUCUGUCAUCAGCCAUGGCAGCAACAAGGUGGGACCACACUCUACACAGCUGCAGUGGGUGACAGGUCCAUGGCUGGCCUGCUCCAGGACCUGUGACACAGGCUGGCACACUAGGACCGUGCAGUGCCAGGAUGGAAACAGGAAAUUAGCUAAAGGAUGCCUUCUCUCUCAGAGGCCUUCUGCAUUUAAGCAAUGUCUGCUGAAGAAAUGUUAGCCUGUGGUUUACUCUAAUGCACAAAAAAACAACAGGAGGAUCAUCGCAGAUACAGCUGUGGUGAAGACAAGGCCUACCCAAAGCACAGAAAGUCAUGCCUUCAUGUCAUUGUCACCACGAGUCGAAUUAUGGGCAGAAUCUGCUCUCUGCGACCAAAAGGUUUACUCUACUUGGUGUAAUGAUGGUGACCUUGGAAUAAAGAAAACGUGAGGGUCAUGGAACAUCCCUGGGCCUACACAAAGGAGACACACAAUGAUGAAUGUAGAAUCGGGGACAUUUGAAGAUGGCAGAGAAGUCUUGUCACCUACCUCUUAUAGAAUGUCUUCAAAGACAUCGUGAUCAUGUUCAGCCAUGACACACAGCUUAUUUUUACUGUUUGUAAAUGCAUCCGCCCUUAGUAUGUCACUUUAUAAACUUGGUCCUAUUAAUAUAUACACAUGUGUAAAUACAAUAUAUAUAUUUGACCAAAGUAGGUCUGCAGCUAUUUCAACUACUAUUUUCCAGAAAGAGCUGAAGAAGAUUUACUGGAAAUUAAGAACUUGCUGCUGUUAAAUAAAACUUUGUAUAUUGUCAGCCUGCAGGAGAUAACAUUUUAGUCAAAAAAAAAAAAAAAAGAAAAAAAAGAAAAAGAAAAGAAAAAGAAAGAAACCAUUUUGACAGCAAGCACCUUCUGUGAAGUUCUAAAAAGGGAAAGGAUCUGCGUGUGUCUGGUCAUUUAAACACAUAUUCAGUUCUGUGUACUCUAGAGUUUGACGGUCUGUAUAUUUUUCAGGCAGCCAAGCCAAGUUAUUGUAUCAUUUGGGUGUAGAAACUGUGUUUUCCUGUGUAUAUGUGAUCAAUAUCCAAGGGUCUAAAAGUUAGCUUGCUUGUAUUGGAAUUUAAAACAACAACAACAAAAAGAAAUAUGUCACUGUGUUUUCAAUUUGUAUUUUCACAACUGCUUCCUUUUCUAUGGCUCCUGGUUCAUAUCUCACAGUGUGUAGGGAUCAUAGAGAACACGCAGAGCCGCAAGCUGUCUGUCACAUCCAGCUUCCGCAGUAAUGGCUCACCUCUGCUCAGCCAGGGUUUAAAAUGUGUUUGUGGUUGCUUGUUUGUUUUUCCUGAGGGUGGGAAGAUGUAUGUUCUGUAUUGGCUGGGUCUAACAGUAAUAUUAAAAUCAUUUCGUAUUUAGCCUCAUCUUGAACGAGCAAUCGGAUCAGUUCAACUAAUUCAAGAAACCAAACUAGUUAGCACUUAAAAGACUGUUUCCACACCAUAGGCAAUUAUCUCAUAAUUUACAAAAUAUAAGCAUAUGUCUGCUGUAUUAGAGAAUUUCUGCUCUCAGAAGGCGUUUGUCUCUACCAGUGAGUAUGUAAGUGAUGGAAUAUAAGUGGUUUCAGGAAGUCUUUUACCUGCACAAGAAGGUCGCACACGCUUAAUGAUAAUCAUAAUCUCCUUUAACUACUCACUGAAAGGCCCCCCUCCGAUAAUUCAAAUAAUAUGACGUGGUUUUAUUCCACUGGCAUUUCUUUUUUCUUCGUAAAAAUCUGCAAAGUAAAUUGUUUUACACAAAUUCUAUAGUGACCAUACCAAAUGUGCCUACUGUGAAAGAUUUGCAUAGAAGGAUUUUGAGAAAUCCUCUCUGGAAUUCCACUAAAUGUAUGAGAGUUUAUUUUUAUUAUAGGAUAUUUUAAUAUAAAUAACUAUGUAAUUGAUGACUCCAUAUCACAUUGAUUUCAGUGGGACAGAAAAAGAAUGCAAUCCUACUUAGGUUUGUUUGUUUGUUUGUUUGUUUUAAGAGAUUAUUUUGUGAAACAGACCAAUGCCCUCCCAAACCAGUCAUCAUCCAUUGGCUUCUCACAGCCUGGUCUUUUUACAUCAAGAAAUGCAGACUAUACAGAACUUGUAGCCUAUAUUGGGUGCAGGUCUCCAAAUAUAGAGCAGGGAGUUCAUUUAGUCAAAUUGGUCAUAAGACAAAAAAUUAAAUCUCACGUUGCUUAUUUAACUGUACAGAGAGAAUAAAUAGUAUAAUGCAACUUUCUCCAAUUUCUAAAAACAAUAUAAGCCAAGUAGUUCCAAUUUGACAAAAUUCUUAUUUUGUUUUUUGUUGUGGUUAUAUUAAAAAAAAUAAAUGAAGAGUAAAUGUGAUUAUCUCCUACUCUGCUUCCCUCUAUGAUCAUCAUAGUUUUUUUUAAUAAUAUUUUCACUGGGUUACUUUCCCUAUAAUAAUCGAGUUUUAUACUUCACACUGAAAUCAUCCUAAGGAGGGUAAACGGAUAAACCACUAAUCUAUGUCUAGAGGGAUUUUCUUUAUGUUUUAAAAAGACUAUUCCUACAUUGACAGGGGAAUGUAUAUAAAUCUCCUGAGGAAAGAAACACAGCAAACUGAGAGUCAGAAAUCUGAAGUGUCACAGAGGGAAAGAGAAAUUGAGUGUGGGAGGAGAAACCGAUAUUAAAUUCCAAUUCAUUCAGUUAGAUUCUGUGCUGUGUUUGCCAUCUUCCCGGUUGUGUAUCUUGAAUCGUUAAAGACCUUGGAUUUAAGAUGGUGAAUAAAGGUGGGGAAACAGAACAAGGCAGUGCUCUGGUUACAAAAUGUCUAACCUUGCUUGCAUAAAAAAAUUAUUCCAGAGUGAGUGUCAGUGCAAAAGAGCCCAGAGUGAAACAGUACCUUGAUCUAUCAGAACAGCAAAUGCCACCUUAAAACCCCCUUAUUGCUUGAAAGUAUAAGGACAUGGUUAUAGUGUAUUUAACAGACUCAACAUCUAUUGCCUUCCUGUGGAAACAGUUUUAAACUAACAGUUGAGGGAUGAAUCACAAACAAACAGAAUAAGAAGUUGCAGCACUGAAAACUAAGUAAUUUAUUGUUUUUGCAACUGCCAUGUGAAUUUCUGUGAUGAAAUUAUUUAUUCUUAUUUAACAAAAAUUAUGUGCAAAAUCUUAUAUUUGAAAUGUUUUGCUGUUGUCCUUUUUUUAAUUUAUGCUUCUUGUUUGUGUAUAAAGUGCACUUUGUGAGUUUAUAUAAUAUACAGCACUGGUGGCUUUGUAUUUCUUUUUUACAGAAGGCUUUCUGUGUGGAACAGGUGUAUGUGUGUAUAUUCCGCAUGUAUUUUCAGUCUGCCACUCUCUUAAAUUUUAAAGGAACAUUGAUCACUAUGUUAAUAGGUCAUUUAAAUACCAAUAACAUUGGCUUUUUCAGAUCAUGAGUUUUAAAAAUGUGUAUUCAAUCCAGCAAGUUGCAACUGGUUUUUAACUAGAGGACAUAUAUACCUUAGGAACAUCUCAACAGAAGCUAAGACACAAUGGAGAACAGGGUUUGAAACAGGCAUAGCACACAGGAGGCUGAAGGAGGAAGAUUAUGAACUUAAGAGUUGUCUGGGAGCCAUAGCAGGCCCCUAGUUUGGUGGAAGAAAUAGAAUCAGUUUCAGUCACAUCACUGAUAAUUAUAUACAAGGAGACUUAAAUUUAUUAUAUGCAUGUUAUAGACACAUAACUUCUAAGUGAUUAAAGAAUGAUAAAUACAAACUCUUACAGCUUUAGAAACAGCUUCCCACAAAAACAGUGUCUGAGCCUCUGCUGUCUGUAGAGAUUCUAGAGAUGAUCUCAAAUGAAAGUGGAUUUGUGUAUUUCUAAUACCAGUCAUAACCUUGUCUAUGGGUGUAAGUGCACAUAACAAAGUAAGACUUUUUACUACUACUAUCAGACCAGAGUGGUAGGACAUGGGACAAGCAGGAACAACUCUGGUAACAACAGCUCAUUUGUGAGUGAGACUGUGCGGUCCAGGUCUAGAAAUAAAGUCAAGCACUCUUGGCCCCACUGUAUAAGUCAUUGGGUCAAGCCCUGGCUCCGAUGUUCCUCCAUUAAUAACUUCCUUGUUAGCAAAUUAACAAGGUCAGUCAGUGCAACCAGCAGGGAACAUAGGCAGGUUCAGAAAUCCAGGGUGUGCACUAUGACUGCAGCUCAUUGUUAGAAAUAUGAUGAAUACAAUGCUUAAUUCUACUCUGAGUUGAGAACCCUGCAAAACAGCCAUACUGUGCUAAUACCACUCAUCUAUUUACACUGAAACAUGGGACCGUACAAAUGCAUUACAUUUUUUAUUAUUUCAUGGCUACAAAAUAAAAGAAAUAACCACAAGAGCAAAAUAGGUCAAAGCAGAUGCAAAAUCAUAUUAAGGAAGUUUUAUCAUUAAAACACAGAGAAAAGGCACUUGUAUGGUUUCUGUAUUAUUAUUUUCUUUGGCCAACAGUCUACAGUUGCAAAGAAUCAAACAAAUAGAUCAGCCUAACCGAAUAGUUUGGUAAAAAUGUGGUAAUAAACCCUUAUUAAUGUGAAAUAUAGGCAUGGCUUAUUGAAUCAUAUCACCACAAAACAUAGCAAUCUAUAAUCAACCCAUUAAUUCUAUUCAAUCAAACAAUGAGGACACAUUGCAAUACAGGUCCAUUCAUUAUUAAGCUAAUGCACAGGAAUAAAAAUCAGU